GUCUGAUUUCGCCUAUGUAAUGGCGCUUGAACAAACGCACUGGGGGGGUGUUUUCUCUGCUUUUGCUUGCUGCAUGGCCCUCCAUGGAGCCCAUGGAUGGAUUGACUGCCAAGGUGCUUAUUUACUUGAUAUGGAGCAUGAUCCCGAUGGAGAUGGCAAGGGGAUUGUACCGCCGCCGCCACUAAUUGACAAACUCAAGCGAGACUUCCGAGCUGCGGCUGAACGAUUUGCUCGGAACUCGGAUGCCGUGGCCAGGACCGCCCGUCUCUUCCAAGCAGCCGCCCUACUUGUAAUAGAGAGCGUGGAUGAGUGUGGCUCCCCUUUUUUGCAGAGAUGAUCAAGAUCUCUUGGAUUUGGAGGCUGAGGAAGCCUACAGAGUCAAGCCAGCCAACUACUAGUCAUGUAGAGUUAAAAUUAAGAAGAGCAACAAGAUCCAAGAUCAAGGAGAAUCAGCACGCAGCUACAAGCCCUUGCUAUAAACACCUCUCCAUCACAAAGCUGGAGCCCAGGAACUUUGGGGCGAAUCGAAAUAUCAACCACCCCCUCAGCUUCAGCCCUGGCAUGGCAUCGCCAGAAGGCGCACUCACUACACCUGACUCAACGAGACCCUGUAUUUGAUUUUUCAGCUCUGCGUCGCUUGCUAAUUAGCGAGGCAUUACACAUCACAGGACCGCCCAGGUGCCGAUGGGUUUGAAAAUAGCAUCGCCAACGUCCGGAUGAUCUGUUGGCUAGGUAUACCUCAAAUAUCGCAUAGAAUACGAAGCGUCG